AUGGGAGAAAAAUCAUCUUCAUUUAUUACGCUUUUAAUUACUGCCAUGAUUCUCUCAGGGGCAGCUAAUACAAUAGGUACUAAUUUGAAAAUAUAUUAUUAAUAGUCUAUAAAUUAUAAAAUACAAGCAAAGUUUCUGUUGAUGGAUGGACUGCAACAAAUUUCAAUCAUCCAUUUAUGCAAGCAGUCACAAUGUUUUUAGGUGAAUCUUUGUGCAUAUUACUAUUUUUAAAUAUUAAGAAGAAGCCAGAUUAUAAAUAAGGAUGUAUUGAAGCAGCAGCAAAAGGGUAUAUAUGGAAAUUUUAUAUAUAAUAGGUUAAAAACAAAAGUUAAUUAUGGUUGGGUGGCUAUUCCAGCAAUGUGUGAUUUAACUGCCUCAACAUUGGCUUAUAUAUCCUUAAACUACAUUCCCCCAUCAAUUUAUUAGAUGUUAAGAGGAGGAGCAAUUAUCUCUACAGCAAUUAUGUCUACAUGUUUUUUAAAGAGACAUAUUAAAAGGUAUUAAUGGUUUGGAUGCUUUUUUGUUUUGGUUGGUAUUACUUUAGUAGGAAUGAGUUCAUUUUUAUUCCCUCCUAAAAAAGACAACAAUGAUGAUUCUGAUACAAAAUCAGAAGUAGGAGCAGCUUAUUUUAUAUCAGUUGGAUUAUUAUUAUUAUCAGUUGUAAUGAAUGGACUUUAAUUUGUUUCUGAAGAGAAGUUAUUUGAUGUUUAUUAUUUACAUCCUUUUGAAAUAGUAGGUAUUGAAGGAUUAUGGGGUUUUUCAGUUUACGUAGUUUUGGCAAUAGCAUUAACAUUUAUUUAAUGUCCAACCUCUAUGGAAGGUAGUUGUAUAUAAAAAAGAAUGACGGAUAUGUUUUAUUUUGAAAGAGCUGAUUUUUACUUUUUGUAAAUCUUUGCAAGUGGUUUAUUACUCUUUUGGGUUAUUUUGGGUAUAUUUACAAUAGCUACAUUUAAUAUUUGUGGUGUUUCAGUUACUAAAUAUGUAUCUUCUUUGGCUAGGUAAUAAUGAUUUUUUAAUUUAAAUUAGAUCUCUUGUUGAUGUAUCAAGAACAUUAAUUAUAUGGGCUGUUUCAUUGGCUAUUACUUGGAUAGAUCCAGAAGCCAAAUGGGAAAACACAAGAUGGGAGGCUAUUGUUUUAGAAUUGAUUGGAUUCUUUGUAUUGGUUACAGGAAAUCUAAUUUAUAAUGGAACAAUUAAAUUAAAGUUUCUAGAUGAAGGUUCUUAAGGUAAAAUAUAUUUUAUAAUAUUAUUUAAGUUGAUCCAUUAAAUGAUGCUGCUUAACAAUUUCUAGAUAGCAAAAAUAUUCAAUCAUUAUAGCCUCAAUGA